UCAGGUUAUCUGAUGAAUUACUCAUGUAUUUUUUAUAUAUCAAUUUUGUAAACAGUUUUACAUUUGAAAAAUAUUUUGAUCAAAUUAAUGACGCAAAAUUAGAGAGACAACACAGUGAAAAUAUUAUGAAAGUUAUAGGUUUUUGGGGACCUGUGACAAACCUAUUGACAAAUUUAAAUAGUUCUUAUAUUGCUUACAAGACGCGCAAUUCAACAAACUCGUUUUUUAAUAUCCACAUAAAGCCGAAAAAAAAGCUUAUCAGGUAUGGAACCAGCUAUGCGGCUAACGCACUUAAAAGAAACGGUACAAUGACCAAAGAAAUCAACCAACUGUUCACCAAUGAAAAAGAUUGUCAGGAGGUAAGUAAACGUUCUUGUGUGUGUUACAUGAAUGAAUUCUUGGAUUCAAUCGUCACUCGUUUGGAAACCAUUAAAAAUUCCAAAGACGUUAUUUUGUUUAAAUGUCAAUCAUUUAAACCAACUUCGAAGAUAUUUUUUAUUUCGAUGUCAGUAUUUGAUAAAUCUACUACCGAAGAAUCAUAUGAAUAUGAUGAAUCAGUGAUGACAAAAGAUACGGCCAGUCAACUUCAAUCAAUGAAUUAUAGUUCGCUUAGCUCUUCUGAAACAGAAGUAAAAUUUGAUGAGGUCAUCAGUUAUCGCUUUGAAAAGCCCCCCGACAAUCACUUUUCCAUCAUAUACGGCAUUGUAGGCAAUUCUGUAAAAAUUAAAUGUGGAGUUUUUAUCGAGGGUAUUGAAAAUUCUAUUGAAAAAACAAAUUUCAAAUGGGACUAUCAAAAAACUGAUUUUAAAACAAAUUCUAGUAUAAUUACUCUUGACACGGGCCAACUUUUAAUUUCAAGGUUAGAUCCCAAUGACAGUAAAAACUAUACUUGUAUGGCAAAAUUAGCAAGAAAGAAACUUCAUGAUAACAUUCACAAACAUUUGGUUCUAGUUACAGAUAAAGCAACUUACGAAAUACACAGUAAAGCAGCGUACAAAACAACAUCAGUUUGUUCUACAGAAUUCAAUAUACCAAUACAGCGUGAUUUGCCUAAAUUAAUACAAAAGAAUAUAUGUUCAUUGGGGUCAUCACAAUACGCUUGUAAUGUAACAGUAGAGCCACCAAAAUGUACAAUUGAUGAAUAUACAAUUGAAGUCAAAUAUAAAGUAAUGCUCGAUCACAACUCUAAUUUAAUGAAACAAAUUCGGUCAAGUCAAAAAUGUCAGGCGCCAUUGUACUAUCAAAAAAUAUUGUCAAUAAUAUGUAAAGUGUUAGUAGCAAAUAUGAAAAAAGCCAUGACGGUUACAUUGGCAACAAACACACCACGAAAUAGUGUGAGUUUCAAGCCGUAUAUUGAUAAAAUAUCAAUGAAAAAUGUUGUAAGCUGUGCACCUGGAUAUGGAUUAAGAGGAGUACUCUGUACAGCUUGUCCAGAACACCAUUAUAGUCCAUCAUACUCAAAUAUGUGCAUCAAGUGUCCCAAAAAAUUUCAUCAGCUAAAAAUGGGGUCAGAAAGAUGUGACAAGUGUUAUAGUAUAUUUUCCAAAGGUUGCACUUUGAUAGACAUGAACCCAAAUUAUUUUUAUACUGUAUUUUGGAUUGCAUUAAUAUUUUUAAUUUGGGCAAUGCUUGUUUGGUGUUGUUGUCGUCGUUUCAAAAACCAAAAUGAAUAUAAAAGCAAAGGAGAAAAUAAAGUUAAUAAGAAAAAAAUUAAAAAAAAGAAAAAGAAAAAGAAAAUAUAUAAGCCUUUAAACAAUAGUGAUUCCGAACAAAAUAAUACAGAUAAUUGGCCUGAAGACGUUGUAAAGGACAUAAAAAUAACUCCAUUUGGUUAUAUACAUAGUAAAGUAGGAAACUUAAUUAACCCAAUCAGUGAUAUAUCAAGUUGAUGGUAAAAUUUUUGCGAAAAUAAUUAUGUCAAAAAUUAUUUGGAAUAUUUAAUCAUCAUAUUUUACAAGAAUGAUAAUAACGUUUUAUUUUCUUUCCAUAAGAAAAGUUACAUAUUGAAUCUAAUUUUAGCAAGUGGAAUUAAAAAAUAUGUUUACAUUAUAAUUGUUUUUUUAUAAAUAAAACAUAUACUGAAGCCAUAAUUGUUAACAAAUAAAGGAAAGGUAAAGUACAAUAUUCAAAGUAAAGACAAAUUAUUCAGUUAAUGUUAGUAUUUACAAAAAAUAGUUAUUUCUAAUAAAUUGUAUUAGUAUUGUUUAAAUAUAAUGAUUGCUUGAUUUAAUUAUAGUCGUUCUUCAUGGAAAUAAUAUUUACCAUGAGAAAAUGCAAAAAUAUAAAAAGCGUUCAUUCUCGAAGUUUGAAAUAUUUUUUGGAUUCAUACGAGACCACAAAAUUGUUAAACAAAAGAGUGUAAAUUUUAAGU